AUGGGUUUUUUCAGUUUCAUUGGAUCAUUAAUCUACUAUCUUAUUAAGACACCACUUUGUUUGGUAUGGUGGAUCGUUACAUUGAUCUUCCACCCAGUGACUUUGUUGGUUGCUUUGAUUACAUUGUACAUCUACUACACCUCGUCAACCGAGAAGAGCGAUAUUCCAUUCAUUUCAAAACUCGCUCCAGUAUCAAAGCCACCUGUUGUUCCAAGCGCUGCCAAGAACAGAGGCAAGAAAUAA